UGCAGUCAGUCUCCCGGCGGCCCCCGCUUUCCAGGUAGAGGCGCCCCCUCCCACGCCGCGCAUAUCCGGCGGGGGGUGGCGGGAGGAGGGGCUGGGCUCCAAGCGCCCGCCCCUCCAUCUAUCACAUGGCCGGAGAGCCACAAAAACAACAGCUUUGGCCAAGACCCUGACUCCGGGAAGGGGAACCUCGGGCUCUGGCCGUCAGCCCCCACCCCAUGGAGGAGAGUUUCCUGGAAUCCUUCGGGAGGCUGAGCCUCCAGCAGCAGCAACAGCAGCAGCAGCGGCAGCAGCGGCAGCAGUCCCGGCCGCCCGCCCCGCCGGCCCCGCGCGGGACACCUCCGCGCCGCCACAGCUUUCGUAAACACCUCUACCUCCUGCGAGGCCUCCCGGGCUCGGGCAAGACGACGCUGGCCAGACAAUUGCAACGCGACUUUCCUAGGGCCCUGAUCUUCAGCACAGAUGAUUUUUUCUUCAGGGAAGAUGGUGCCUAUGAAUUCAACCCUGAUUUCCUGGAGGAAGCUCAUGAAUGGAACCAGAAAAGAGCAAGAAAAGCAAUGAGGAAUGGCAUAUCCCCCAUUAUUAUUGAUAAUACCAACCUCCACGCCUGGGAAAUGAAGCCCUAUGCAGUCAUGGCACUUGAAAAUAACUAUGAAGUUAUAUUCCGAGAACCUGACACUCGCUGGAAAUUCAACGUUCAAGAGUUAGCAAGAAGAAAUAUUCAUGGAGUCCCAAGAGAAAAAAUACACCGAAUGAAAGAACGGUAUGAACAUGAUGUUACCUUUCAUCGUGUGCUUCGUGCAGAAAAACCAAGCAGAAUGAACAGAAAUCAGGACAGGAAUAAUGCAUCACCUUCCAACAGCGUAGGGUACUGGAAUACCUACACAGAGUUUCCAAAUCGGCGAGCACAUGGCGGCUUCACAUGUGAGGGUUCCUUUAACAGAAGAGGUGGUUGUCACCAUGGAUAUUAAUAGGCAUUCAGAAUUUUCCUAAAUCGGUUUCUACUUCAAUUUUUAGUAUUUAUUCUUUGUUCCAUUUUAGUCAGAGCUCUGAGUCUAGUGUAAAUACCUGAACCUGAAAAUUUUUGAGCAGAAGUCAUGUUCAUCUUCAAAGAAGCAUUUGUUCAAGUGAUGCUAUAUACACAUGGUCCAAUGCUGCAGAUUUAAUGAGACAAAGUCACUUUGUCUAGGCAAAAGAAUUUGAAACUGAAACCUGAGAACAUACCCAAACCUGAGAACACAAUAAUUCAUAUAAGUGAUAAGGUGUUUAUAAUAUAUAUAUGUAUAUGUGUAUAUACAUAAGCUUCAGUACCACUUUAUCUGAAGUGAUCUAUUUUUUCAAGAAAUUCAUAUCCAUUAGUAAUGUUGGAAAGGCGCAGGGGUGGUGUGUGUGUGGGGGAGUCAGAGGCAAGAAAAGUUUUAGUGCCAUUGCUGCUUUGAUAAUCUGUGUGUCCAAAAAAUGUAACAUGUGGCUGUAAUGAUGUUGAUUUUACUUUAAAAGUGAUAUGCUAGAAAGGGAAUAUUGUCCUUCAAAGUAAGUAUUUAGGAAAGUAUUCCUUUAUUCUAGUUAUGUAUUGUUAAAAAAUGUCUGUUGAAUCCUUAAUAGCUUAUAUAGGCUACUGAGGGAAAUCAGGGUCAUUAUUUCAAGCUGCAUCAUAUAUUUUAACUACCACUUUCUAGAACAGGACUAAACCAGAGUAACUUUUAACAGUGUAAAUAAAACAAGCCUGCCUUUAUAAGAUACCAUUUUUUAAGAGAAGCAGUUGAAAGAAAAAAAAAUCUUGCCUAUGAACAUGUGCAUAACCAAUUGGCAGCCCAAAUGUUUGGAAGUGCAAACCAUGAAGAUUUCUAGAACACAGAUAAUAUGAGAAGAUGUGAAAAUUGGGCUCAUUUUUAGAUAAACUGUCUUGACAUUGUAUGUGGUAGUAUUUAAACAAAGUUUUGCCAUAAGUCUGGGAUGUCCCUCUUAUACCAACACUGAAUUUAUAAAUCCAGAUCAAAUCUUAAUAGGUUGAAGUUGCUGUGAGAUUGUGAUAGAUACAACCAUGUAGAAUAUAUACUUUGUUUUUUGUUGGCCAACAGCUUCUUUCUGGUAUUCUGUGAAGUGUUAAGUGUCUAUAUAAUGGUGCUUUUAUGGUCAUUAAAACUAUAUGAUAUUGCUUUA